AUGCAAAAAGGAGAACUUUCUUCCACAGCCUUUUCUCAUCCAGUCAACAGCAGCCUCACUACCUUCCAGUACAUUCAGGGGUACAGGAUUCAGACUGAUGCUCGGACAGCUUGCAGAGGAAAUUACAUCGACCUCGCCACUCUGUACUCUGAUGAAGACAACACAGAACUGUAUAACCUGAUGAUGACGCCUGGUGGUGGAGCAGGGGGAUGGUUUGGAUGGAUCGGUCUCUAUCGCGGUCAGUUCAGUGAGAAAUGGUCUAAUGGUGAUCCUGUAACAUUCAGUAAUCUGACAGGGGAUUGUGGGACAUCGAGCUGCUGUGCUGCUAUGAAGCCUGAUGGUUCAUGGGAAAGUCUUCAGUGCACAGGGACAAGAUACUUCAUGUGCUAUGGACAAGAUGCUUCUUCACAGACUCUUAAUUAUCAUCUAAUCCUUGAGAGUAAGACCUGGUUUGGUGCUCAGCGUUACUGCAGGGGGCGCUACACUGACCUGGUCAGCAUCAGAGAUCAGCAGCAAAAUGAAGAGGCGAAGAUUAAAGGGUUAAAGAGCAGCACGUCCUUCUGGAUCGGCCUGCUGCGUGAUGACUGGCAGUGGACUGAUGGAGGAAACUCUACUUACAGAAACUGGGGGAGUGGUCAUCCUCUGCCAUCACCAUACGACUGUGUACGAAUGUGGUUAGGGAAUUGGUACUCAGUUUUAUGCAGUGAUAAUUAUUACCUCUCUCUGUGCUCCAGCAGCUAUAUCCAUGUGAGUGCUGAGGCUCUGAGCUGGCAGGAAGCGCUGGGUUACUGUAAUGAAGGGAACAGGGCUGGAAUUCUCAACAUCGAUUCUGAAGCUGAACAGGAAGAGGUGGAGUCUGAGCUCAGGAGGAGGCGUGUCCCCCCAUGGUGUCCUCUGUGGGUGGGGCUCGGACCGAACCGUCUCUCUGAGAUAAAGGUGCGGUCCGUUCCACUAACGUGCGUGGAUGUAGAGAGACAGACAGGACCUGGGCCGUCUCACUGCCCUGCUGACACACACACUGCAGAAGCAGCACCUGGUUAUGUGAUGGACUCUGAUAAACUUCGAGUCGUGUGUAAACUGAAAUAAAAGGCGCUUCUCUCCAUGUGGAAGAACAGAGCACUGCACAGUUUAGUGUUUUCCAGCACUAACUCACCUGAACCCUUCAUUAUGCACUUCUUCACUAGGUGAUGAGGUCAAUCAGGGGUCAUAGAGCAGGAAAAAAGCCUAAAGUGUGCAGGAACUGUUUACACACUUAGAGCUUCACACAUCAAUUCACAUCAACAUCCACAACAUCCACAACAUCUGAUUAACGCUUUCGGAAAGAUUCGUAGAAAUACACACAUUCUUACUUUGUUGAUCCUUUUCUCAAUAUUUUUGUUUAAGAUAAAAUUUGUUAAAAUUGCUUCUUUCCUAUUAUCAUAAUAUAUACAAUAUAUGAUAUUUCAUAAUAAGAAAAUGUUAUUCCAUUAA